AUGGUUCAAAUCAAUGCCUUCGCCGUGGAGCAAUGGAUGGACAUCUACGAAACAAGCGCAAAGCAUAAUCUCGCCGAGACCUGCAGUGCCUCGAUCUCUCUCAACGACCUCCUAGCCCUGGCCCCCAAGAAGGACCUGAUAGAUUACUCGCAGAAGCAAGUCUACGGCGCAAUCCGGGGCACAGAGGCGCUGAGGACUAACAUCGCGAACUUAUAUUCACCACCCGGGUCUCAAUGCAGUCCUGUUUCCGCUGAGAAAGUCCUUGUCACCAACGGCGCUAUCCAGGCCAACUUCUUGGCGCUUUUUACGAACGUUGGCCCUGGUGACCAUGUUAUCUGUCAAUAUCCGACGUACCAGCAGUUGUAUUCUGUGCCGGAAUCUUUUGGGGCGGAGGUUAGUCUCUGGCGAUCGGAGGAGGGGAAUGGGUGGGGGAUGGAUUUGGGGAAGUUGAGGGCUUUGGUGAAGUCGAACACGAAGAUGAUUAUUUUGAACAAUCCGCAGAAUCCCACUGGGUCAGUUCUUCGACGCGAGGAAUUGCAGGCAAUUGUUGAUAUUGCACGUGAGCAUAAUAUCAUAAUCCAUUCCGAUGAGGUGUACCGACCUCUGUUCCAUUCCCUUGAAUCUGGACAGGACAUUCCUUCCAUUCUUGAGUUCGAGUACAAGAACGUUGUUGCAACGGGCUCCAUGUCCAAAGCUUUCAGCUUGGCUGGAAUCCGUCUGGGUUGGAUUGCCUCGUUGGAUCCCGAAAUCGUUGAAGGGUGUGCUUCUGCUCGGGAUUAUACUCUCAUCUCGGUUGGACAAAUCGACGAUAGCAUUGCAGCACAUGCUCUUUCCAGGCCGUGCGUGGAUAACCUCUUGCAUCGCAAUAUUCAGUUAGCGAGGCAGAACCUCGCAGCGCUUGAUGCUUUCGUCGAUGAGUUCAGCUGGGCUGUGAAAUGGACGAGACCAAAGGCUGGAACUACUGCAUUCCUCAAAUUUAUCAACAAAGAAGGGAAGGCGAUUGACGAUGUUGCAUUCUGCCAGCAACUUCAGGAGAAGACUGGAGCCAUGUUAGUCCCCGGAAGCAAGUGCUUUGGUGGGGGCAUUGACUUCGUCGGAUAUGUGAGAAUGGGUUAUGUACCCGAGAACGAUGUGAUGAUCGAUGGACUGAGUGCUCUGAGAGGGUUCAUGCGGGAUGAGUAUGAGAAAUUGCCUCUAGCUUGCCAAGCCACGGUACUCUAA